CUCUGAAGAGCUCAUUCAUUCGGUAGGGCGAUACAACGAGUUGAUUGCAAACUCAGUUUAUAGCCUUUAACACUGAGAUAGAACGACCUAUAUGAUCUGAUUUCAGUUUCCAGCCUGUCCGAACCACAUCGUCCCUCGCAGCAACAAUGCAGUUGUUAACUUGUUGGCUGCCACUGUUGGUGGCAGCAGCCAUUCCUCUGACGCUGGCUGCAAAAGAUACCUCUGCUACUAGCACCACAACAGCGACCAAUGCUCUCUUCACCAUCACAGGAACAAUCACAGACCAUGUCAGCGAUGCAACUUUGCCUACCGGCACUUAUCUCUCCUAUACUUCCACUCUCACUCUUUCCACCGACAGCGAUGGCAAAGUCCUCUCCUCGACCGCUGCGAUUAACGCUACCGCUGUUGGUAAUUCGACCAUUCAUACCACUUCCACAGAUACAAUGACGAGAUUGGUCGGCAAUGCCACGGCGAAUGCCACUAUGACUGCGUCGGCGUCGGCUUCGGCAUCUCCCGUUGUCAACACUCAGCCUUGCAAUGGCCAUCCCGAAUUCUGCGCUCGCAAGUACUCAAACAUCACCAUGGUGGCCGCUCACAACAGUCCCUUUGUGAAACCAGGCAAUGCUGCUGCGAACCAAGCGUUGGAGGUGGUCAGUCAAUUGAACGACGGUAUCCGAAUGCUGCAAUUUCAGACUCACUAUGAAAACGGCACCAUGUAUCUCUGUCAUACCAGUUGUGAUCUACUCUACGCGGGCACCCUGACUGAGUAUCUCACUGAGGUCACCCAAUGGAUACGACAGCAUCCGUACGACGUGGUCACCAUUCUGAUUGGGAACUACGACUAUGCCGCACCGGGAAAUUUCUCCAAGCCGAUCGAGGACUCGGGCCUGUUAGAUCUGGUCUAUACGCCUCCGAAGAUUCCCAUGGCCCUGGACGACUGGCCAACCUUGUCGACCAUGAUCCUGUCCGGCAAGAGAGCCGUCGUGCUUAUGGACUAUCAAGCCAACCAAACUGCUCUUCCGUGGCUUAUGGACGAAUUUUCCCAAAUGUGGGAGACGCCCUUCUCGCCAACCGACCCGACUUUCCCCUGCACCGUUCAGCGUCCCCCCGGUCUCUCAAAUGAGGAUUCUCAUAAUCGCCUGUACAUGGCCAACCACAACUUGAACGUCCAGAUCAACGUUGCAAAUAUCGAUCUGCUCAUCCCCAACACUGCGGAAUUGAACCAGACGAAUGCCGUGUCCGGACCGGGUAGUCUUGGACGGAUGGCCGAGAACUGCACUACCAUGUGGAAUCGACCCCCCAACUUCCUCCUCGUCGACUACUACAACUAUGGCAACUUCAAUGGCUCUGUUUUCGAAGUAGCAGCCCAGAUGAACAACGUUACCUACAACGGCGAAUGCUGUGGAUCCACUUCAGCUGCUCCUAGCUUGAUGCCGGCAGGGAGCCUGUGGAGCGCGCUGUUAGUUGUUGCAGGUGUUCAUUUGUUCGCCUCGAUCUUCUAACUUGAGGUUUGGACUUCACUGUAUUCACCAUCACCACAUAGACUUCGGCUUUUUGUCUACUUGAGUGCGUCUGGAGUUGUGGGUUGCCAUUUACAUUGAGCAUUAUCUUUCAUGAUGAUAUGACUGCAUCGAUACAUUCGACAUUGUACAUAUGUUUGUUCAUAUAGCAUCCUUCCUCUACACAGGAGUAUAUUUAGGCAUAGAAAUAGGGAUUGUUUUGCAUCAUGAUCCUCAAGAUGGAUCUGACUGCUAUAUGAGAACAAUGGGAAUGGGUCAUCUGCACAUAUGUUUGAGUGAACUUCAUAUACAUUCGCC